CCUGUGGGAGGAGAGGCAGCUGACAGUGUGCUUCUACUUGCAGAUACUAAAAGACAAACCUACACUGGCUGAGACACUCAAGGGAAAAGGCUCCAAAUAAAAUCCAAUGUCCAGCAGAUGACCAUAGAUUUCACUACAGAGAUGCCAAUUGCGGAACUGCUCGGAGUGCACUUUGACAUGCAGCUCCUGGGUAAACUGACCUUGUCUGUGGCCACCAUGCUGUUUGUUUCCUUGGUUUUCAGAUUCUACAACUCCAGGGCACGAAACAGAAGGCAAGAAAGGAUUCAACGGGGUGCACAAGCAACCCAAGGAAGCAACGGUGCCUGCAAUAGAGAGCAAAAACAACAGAGCGAAGAUGCAGAGGAGGAAAAUUAUAUUCAAAAAUCUUCAGUGAAACUCUUGGAGGAAAGCGUGAAAAAUGCUGGUGCUGCAUUGGAAGGUCAACCGGAAACUAUGGACGUGGACAGUUGUCCAAAUGGGGAAACUACAUGUAAAAUGAACACAGUUGAUAAUAUACCUGAGGCAACAAAAAACAAACCAAGAUUGACCUUACAACUUCCUGAUGUGACUGAAAAAGGACCCGGAAGUCCAAGUGGUCGGCGAUCGCCAUGCAUGGUAAAGAAGCUAACAGGUGGUACAGGUGUUGGCAGGGAGUUAAGACAAGAUGUUGGUCAUCAAGGCAUGUACUCAAGUUUUCAAUCAAAAGCAGAAAUCAAAGUAGAGAAUGCUGACCUUAUCCUGGAUGGGCCAGGGGAUGGUAGACCAGGUGUUCACGGGAAGAUCUAUGAGUACUAUGUGGAGUCAUCUUCUCAUUUCAUCUCAGAUUUAAGCCCCACCCGCUCUGUGAGUCCAGCCUAUGGUCAAAAUGAAAGCUCUUUGUUUAAAUCCCAAUCACUGGAUUUAUCUCAUUUCAAGGAACGCUCCAGAUCGCCAAGUCCACAGCCUUCUAGAUUCUUAAUGAGAGACCUCAACAUUACUCCGAGAUUUACUAAUGAGCCUCCCUCAACUUUCAAACCAGAGACAGUGAGAUACAGCAGACAAGUAGUCAUCCGUCAGGACAGCUAUCUUUCCGCUGCUAUUGACUCAGAGCUUCCAAUCCCCUUGCCCACACAGAGGACUUUAACUCCUCGCAGCUUUUCUCCAGCUCGACCCAGUGACACCCCUUCGAGCCCAUUAGAGUCUGACAUAGCAAACCUUGACGACCCUGAGGAACCACAAGUGGAAACUCUAGCCGGAGCAAAAUUCAUACAUUUUCCAGAGAACUUGGGGAACGCAGAACUGGAGAGUCUAACAGGGAAGCUCGAUUUAGGCAACUGCUUGGAGGCUUUAACACUUGCUAAAAAACACGGCCACACCGCCCUUCAGCAAGCUGCUCUCCGUGUCAUGUCUGAUAAUUACCUCCAGGUCCUCAGAGACCCAGGCCUCUUUGGCAGGCUGAAAGCAGGGGAGCGUGAUCACAUCCAAACACAACGCAUGAGAGGAAGGAAGUGGUUAGUGGUCGCAGAUAUGGAGUCCCCGGACUGGAGUAGACGUCUGUCACAGUCUACAGAUUUGGAGUCUGAAUCAGUUAAGACAUCUAACGGUAUGUAUUACUAUGAUGAUUAUAAGGACACAUGGCACCUUCAUUCCCACAUUCCCCAGGAAGUGUUAUCUAAAGGUUGUGCCAUGUGCACCAUGGAUAAUUAUCUAUUUAUCGCUGUGGGUUUCCAAGGCCAGGACCGUGAAGCAACCCCUUCAAAGAAAGUUUACUGUUACAACCCAGUGACUUCAAUUUGGAGUGAAAUAAGCCCCAUGAAUGAGGCAAGGCCUCACUGCAAACUUGUAGCUCUGCAAGGCCAUCUUUAUGCCAUUGGAGGGGAAUGCCUAUCAACGGUUGAGCGAUAUGACCCCAGGACUAACCGAUGGACUUUUGUGGCACCUCUUCCUAAUGAAACAUUCGCCGUAGCUCACCGUGCCACAGCUUGCAACGGUGAACUGUUUGUCGCAGGGGGCACAUUAAGAUACACCCUCUUGCGCUACAACCCCAAAACCAACACAUGGCGAGAAAGCAUGAUUGUCGGCAGCAAAGACAAGACUGCAGAACUGUUGGCAGUAAAGAACUUUUUAUACCGUUUUGAUGUCAAUCCCCUUGGCAUCAGCGUGUAUCGCUUCCAUGCAGUGGCAAGACUUUGGUAUGAAUGCUCCUCGAUACGCCUCCCCUAUUGCACUGCCUUUCAAUGUGUGCCUAUGGACAAUAUUAUCUACUGCGUGAGCCGUCAAUUUACCUUGAGGUUCCUUGCAGAUGAGGUAUCUCCAAGCUUUGUUGCACAGGAUUUGAAAGUACUAUCCCCGGUUAAAGGCAUUUUAUUUCCAUUUGUCCUUGUGCUGCCCGAAAGGACCACUCAACAAACUUGUGUUUAACUAAGGUCAAGGUUUUCUGGUUAGAACAAAAACACUCAGGAGCACAUUAUGCACAUGUUAAAGGAAUGUACCUUUUCUUAAUUAGUGGCAAUCGAGAUGAAAUAUCAAGGCCAUUACAUCCAAUUAUUUUAAAGCUAGUACACAAUUACACAGCACUUACUGAUAAAUAAAUCUGUUGUCGCAGUGAAGGCUAUUUAUUUGUUUGGACCUUUCAACCACUCAGAUGUCUAAAUCAGCCGUUAAAUCCUGGAAAUGUCUUACACAAGUGCUUAAAAUGUUUCAGUAAAUAUACAGCUUUUGAAACACUGUGUGGAUAAUGUUAACCAAUCAAUACUGUGUGUAGAAUAAAGCCGAAUUGUAAUUGCAGAGCUGGCAUCAUAAACAACAUAAAUGGCUGCCAUUACCACAAUUUAUGUGAGCUGGCAAAUUAUAUUCAUAGCCUCUUUCUUUCAUAAUCUUUAUUAUUAUUAUUUUGCAUAUCACAUACAAUUAAUCUACCAGCAUUUUUAAAUAUGUAUUACGUGUCAUUUAAAUAUUUAAAUAUAUUUGUAUGCAUUUUUCAUGACGCCAAGUCUUGACACCAGGAUGGGAUUUUGUUUAAUGCAUGAUAUUUAAUUUUAUGUUAAAUCUUUGAACUCUUUUCAAAGAACUUCUUUUACAUCACUGAAUCACUUUGGGGAGUCCAGAGGCAGAAGUUUAUCUUCUCCUUGUAUAUACCAUUCCACAUUAUAGAAAGAACUAAUGACUUAAUGGGAUGCUUUGCCUCUUCGUGCACAUUUCUGUCUCUAUCUUCUGAAGAGCUGGGAAUAAAAAUCCUCUCAUCUAUUAUAAGUGAGUCUUGGUUCUUGUGUUAGACUUCAAUAAAUAAUGAGUUCUGACAAAAUGUGUGGUUGCAGCAAGAGACAUUCGUGUGACCAAGAUCUUAAUUAAAUUUAAACGCAAUUACGCUGUCAAAACCAAAGCAAUCACAUAAUCAAUUUAUGUUAAUGAAAGUAUACAAUACAAUCACCGUGACAAUCGCGUAUGCAUAUGUGAUCAAAGAAAGCAGGCGUGCAGAGGAGGGUGUGCUGUGAUGCAAUUCCCAGUGACGUAUCCUUGCUCUCUGUGUAACUCUAGCACCAUCAUGUGGGGGGAGAUGAUAUCAAGGUCUGAUGAUGGAAUCCGUACACAACUAAUAUGCUGCACUGAACGGCGGUGACGAACGCAAAAAGACACAUAGCCUGAGCGUUCCAAAGGCUAGCAGAAGAACACAGUGGGAUAAAAAAACACCCCAGCAGGAGAAGUGUGAACACAGAUGGUUGGACGUCAAAUAUAACGUCCGUUUGCUUCUAAUUAAACACUUGGAUUCAACAUAAUUAAACGCUUAAUGGGAUGGGAGUUAGGAAAGUCCCCUUCGAAUCUGUCUAUGAAUGACUCGGGUAUCUAAACUAGCACUGUGGUCCGUAUGAACUGUUGAUUCUGCUUGCAGUGCUAUUUUAGUGCGGUAAUGAAGGACGUCAUUACCCGAGGAAGAGAUUUUGCUGGUCAUCUUUUGGUUACAGGCACAUUAAAUUGCACUAGAGUGUGCUUAAAAAUAGACCUGCAUAGAGCAAACAAAUAAAAAGGAAAGUCUGUCAAAUGGAAAUAUAAAAAAAACAACAACAUAGCUCUUAAAUAUUGAUAGACCAUUAUUUCUGCAGCUGGGUUCAAAAGUUUGAGACCUUGUAAACUCAGGUGUGUGCGUGCGUGCGUAGUUCAUUUAUUUAUUUAUUUAUUUUUCACUGAAGCACAAGCUAGGCUACUUUUUGGAUCACUGUCAAAUCAUGCUGAAGAACAUGAUUAGGUAUUUCAGUAACUUUUGUGGAGUUCAUGCAAAUGUCAAGGACAAAAUGCGACAAGCUAAAUACUAAGUGUACUUUUGUAACCAACAACUUGCAUUUUUGAAAUGUUCUGCAACAUUGUCAGAACAGUCCCCAUUCACAUGGAUUUAUAGAACAACAAAAUGCUGCAUUAUGCAUGCCGGGCCAUUAGAGGGUGAUGUCACUUUGAAAAGAAACAUUAUGUGCUUGCUCACUUCUACUCCUGUAAUACAUUGUUGGUUUGGAUUUCAAGCACUUGCAAAAGUCUGUAGCAUGUAAUAUGCAUGCACAUGUCAUCGUGUUUUUACAAAAUGUCUUUUUGAAGUUUAUGCAGAGACGACAGUGAUGUGCUUGGAAAAUGUAUGUUGGCAUAAAAAGGAGGU